AACUAAAAAAAUAGCACGUUCUUUUGAAUUGAAAUUUGGUAAACUAAAACACCUAAACUGAAUUAAACUACUAGUAAACCAAUCUGAAUUGAACUAAACUGAAACGACGUGACUUGAAGUGAACGGAAAAAUUCUACAAAUAAGUCCAAAAAGAGCAGGAAAAAAAAAAAAAAAAAAAAUUGGUACUGUACUCUUUCAAGUACGGUAAAAAAAUCCUUCUAUUUCUAGCAUACUCCGCAAGUCAAUCUUCUCUGUACGAUCAAACUCUCUUUCAAGUUUUGUUUAAUUCGGAUUUCAGGACUCAACUCGAAAAUGGCGAACCAAGAAGAAGAGAUUAAGCUUGAAUUAUUUCUCCAAUGGCUUCAGGUAAAUGGAGUGGAGCUUCGAGGUUGCAACAUCAAAUACUGUGAUUCCAGUAAAGGGUUUGGCCUAUUUUCAACUACUAAUGUUUCUGAUGGUGUUUUGUUGGUUGUGCCACUUAAUUUGGCAAUAACACCUAUGAGGGUUUUGGAAGACCCUUUAUUGGGACCACCAUGUAAAGCAAUGUAUGAGGAAGGUGAAGUGGAUGAUAGGUUUUUGAUGAUAUUGUUCUUGACUGUUGAACGUCUCCGUGGUAGUAAUUCGACAUGGAAACCGUACCUUGAUAUGAUUCCUAGUUCCUUUGGAAAUCCACUUUGGUUUACUGAUGAUGAGUUUCGGGAGUUGAAGGGAACUACUCUUUAUCAGGCCAGCAUGUCGCAAAAGAAGAGUUUGCUGGCUAUCUUUGAGGACAAGGUGAAGAAUCUGCUACCGAGACUUCUAGUUUUGGAUGGAGAAUCAGAAAGAGAGGUGGCUUUUGAAGACUUUCUAUGGGCUAAUUCUGUCUUCUGGACUCGUGCUUUGAACAUUCCUCUUCCUCGAACUUUCAUAUUUCCUGAAGGAUCCGAGAUUCCUGCAUCCUAUAGUAUCUCUAAUGGGGUAAAUAUAGCCUCUAUGGAAGGAGAGACUCUGUGGGUUGAGGGUCUUGUUCCAGGAAUCGACUUCUGCAACCAUGCUAUAAAACCUGCUGCAAUGUGGGAAGUUGAUAGCACUGGGACUACCUCUGGAGUGCCCCUCUCAAUGUUUCUUCUGUCUGUAAAUUCUGAAAUUGGGAAAGAGAUAACCAUCAGCUAUGGUAACAAAGGAAAUGAGGAGCUGCUUUAUCUCUAUGGAUUUAUAAUUGAAGACAAUCCAGAUGAUUAUCUGAUGGUGCAUUAUCCAGCAGGUGCACUUCAAAAUGAUCCAUUUGCAGACUCGAAAACACAACUUCUCCAAGUAGAGAAAGCUGAAUUAAGGUGUCUGCUACCUAAAAGCUUGCUGGAUCAAGGUUUUUUCCCAUGCUCAUCCUCAGAAAGCAAGAACAUUCAGGAAUGUGCCAAGGAUAAGGGCCCGAAUUAUAGUUGGAGUGGCCAGCGGAAGACCCCUUCAUAUGUGAAUCAACUUGUUUUCCCUGAGGAUUUUUUGACUUCCUUGCGGACUGUAGCAAUGCAAGAGAACGAGCUUUUCAAUGUCCAAUCCUUGCUUGAAGAGCUUGUUGGAAGUGAUGGGGAGAGGGAGCCAUCAGAGGCUGAAGUUCGAGCAGCUGUAUGGGAAGCUUGCGGGGAUUCAGGGGCUUUGCAACUUCUUGUUGAUCUGCUGAAUACAAAAUUGAUGAAUCUUGAAGAGGGCUCAGGUACAGAAGAAUCCGACUCAGAACUACUUGAGAAGACUUGUGUCAGAGAUGGUCCUGCUAUCUCCAUAAGCGUGAACAAAGCCGAGUCUAGCUCUGAUGAGAUGAUGAGCAAAAACAGGUGGGCAGGUAUAGUCUAUCGACGAGGACAAAAGCAACUAACCAGACUGUUCCUACGUGAGGCUGAACAUGCUUUGCAAUUAUGCUUGAAUGAAGAGUGCUAGACCUUCCCUAUGAGUCUAUGACUAUCCUACACAACUCAAACAACAUGAAUUCUUAAGUUUGCACCCAUUUUAUAUUUUUAUCUAGUAAGCUUUUAAGUUUCAUACCGAUGUAUUUUCCAAUUUUGCAUAGAGUUAUAACUUAUGAAUUAGCUGAUAGUACAAUACCCCUUCAUAAAAAUUAAUGCCUAUUUGAUGUAGGCUCAUUUUUUCACUUGCAACCACAUUUUUGGCAUGGUAAGUUUAGUUUGUAGCUCAAUAAAAUCAGUGACUUGCAUCCUACAACCUACACUUGAACUCUGGAAUUCGUAUUCGAAGACCUUCAUUUUUCAGUA